CUGUAGUUGUAGCAGAGUGAGCGAGCAGAGUCUUUGCUGGGUUUGCCGUCAGUCUCUCCUCUUGGCAGCUUGCUGCACACUCCGUCGGUCUUCUGUUCUCUCUAAAGGCAAAGCAUCGCCUGAGCCGAAACCGCAGAGGUCACGAGCUGUCUUUAUUUUGUCAUGAUCGGAGAACUGCACCCUCCAAGAGCGCCCGUGUACCAGAUUCUCACCGGUGGUGGACGCUAUCAAAAAUACCGCACGAUGUGCCCACGUCAAACGGAACUGAAGUUAAAAUAGUGGUGGCAUAUAGAAACAAAAGUGUUCAGUCGAGCAAAGGGGGGAUAAAAUCGAGAGUGGAUCCGCAAGGAUGAUCUGUGACGGACUGACUGAGAAGCGUUAAGUCUGAGCGGUCCAACUUCAACUGCUUGGUUCUGAGUUCGGAUCGCGUCCGGACCACCUUCUGUAACCAUGCCGGUGCGAAGGGGACACGUUGCGCCACAAAACACUUUCCUUGGAACCAUCAUUCGGAAAUUCGAGGGGCAAAACAAGAAGUUCGUUAUAGCCAAUGCCCGGGUACAAAACUGCGCCAUCAUCUACUGCAACGAUGCGUUUUGUGAGAUGACGGGCUUCUCACGGCCGGAUGUAAUGCAAAAAGCCUGCACCUGUGACUUCCUCCACGGGGAGCUCACCAAACGACAUACUAUCGCGCAGGUGGCGCAGGCCCUGCUCGGCUCCGAGGAGCGCAAGGUUGAGAUCACCUACUACCGCAAGGAUGGCUCGGACUUCCUGUGUAACACACACAUAAUCCCGGUGAAGAAUGAGGAGGGCGUGGUGAUGAUGUUCAUCCUGAGCUUCGACUACGUGCUGGGGAGAGACAGCCUCGAGUCUCUGCAGAGGCUCAACAAUGCCUCGCCCGCUAAGUCUGACCACCGUCGGAGUCGGUUCUUCCGUUUUCGGCUGCCCGGUCUGGGCCUGCUGGGCAUCAGCAAGCAGUCCCUCCCCCAGGAGGACCCCGACGGGGUGACGGUGGACUCCCCCAGACGACGCGCCUCCUCUUCUUCCUCGUCCUCCUCCUCCUCGUCCGCCUCAUCCCUCACGGGUCGGGACCUCCAGCGCACCACGGGCGACAGCUGCAGCCCGUCCUACGGCAACGACACGCGGGCGCUCAUCCGGCCCGGCACCGGGCCCAGCACGGCCGCCGCGUCUGCCGGCGGCGGCUCCCUCCGCGGCUCGGCCUCCGCCCUCUCGGGGCCCCUGGACCACUCGUCCCCGCGGGGCCCCUGGGAGCGGCUGGCUCCCCAGCAGGAGGGCCCCGGCCCUGGGGUGGGGGUUAGGGUAGGGGUGGGUGUAGGGCUGAGGCUGGCCCCUGCGGACAGCUCCUGCAGUCUGAGGAGGGCAUCGUCCGUCCACGACAUCGAGGGCUUCAGCUCCAACAACAAGCACCAGGCUUUCAGGGACCGCCACGCAAGUGAAGACAAUGGGCGCACCAUCAAAGUGUCUCGUUCCUGGAUGACUGCGGGUCCCUUCAACCAGAUCAAGUCCAGCCUUCUGGGCUCCACGUCGGACUCCAACCUGAACAGGUACAGCACCAUCAACAAGAUCCCCCUCAUCACGCUCAACUUCGCCGAGACCAACAACGACAAAAAGGUACCCUCGCCGCCCUCCUCCGAGAAGACCAUCAUCGCUGCCAAGGUCAAGGACAGGACACACAAUGUCACCGAGAAGGUCACACAGGUUCUGUCGCUGGGGGCGGACGUGCUCCCGGAGUACAAGCUCCAGACGUCGCGCAUCGACAAGUUCACCAUCCUGCACUACAGCCCCUUCAAGGCGGUCUGGGAUUGGCUGAUCCUGCUGCUCGUCAUCUACACGGCUAUCUUCACGCCCUACUCGGCCGCCUUCCUGCUCAACGACAUCGAGGAGCAGCGACGGCGCGAGUGCGGCUACUCGUGCAGCCCGCUCAACGUGGUGGACCUCAUCGUGGACAUCAUGUUCAUCGUGGACAUCCUCAUCAACUUCCGCACCACCUACGUCAACGCCAACGAGGAGGUGGUCAGCCACCCGGCCAAGAUCGCCGUCCACUACUUCAAAGGCUGGUUCCUCAUCGACAUGGUGGCUGCCAUCCCAUUCGACCUGCUCAUAUUCGGCUCGGGGUCAGAGGAGACCACCACCCUGAUUGGCUUGCUGAAGACAGCGCGCCUGCUGCGUCUGGUGCGCGUGGCCCGCAAGCUUGACCGCUACUCGGAGUACGGCGCAGCCGUUCUUAUGCUCCUCAUGUGCAUCUUCGCCCUCAUUGCCCACUGGCUUGCCUGCAUAUGGUACGCCAUCGGCAAUGUGGAGCAGCCCUACCUGGAGCACAAGAUCGGCUGGCUGGACAACCUGGGCCUGUCCAUCGGCAAGAUCUACAACUACAGCGACCCGGCCUCAGGGCCGUCCAUCAAGGACAAGUAUGUGACGGCACUCUACUUCACCUUCAGCAGCCUGACCAGCGUGGGCUUCGGCAACGUCUCGCCCAACACCAACUCAGAGAAGAUCUUCUCCAUCUGCGUCAUGCUUAUCGGCUCACUCAUGUACGCCAGCAUCUUUGGGAACGUGUCGGCGAUCAUCCAGCGGCUCUACUCCGGCACGGCGCGCUACCACCUGCAGAUGCUGCGCGUCAAGGAGUUCAUCCGCUUCCACCAGAUCCCCAACCCGCUGCGCCAGAGGCUGGAGGAGUACUUCCAGCACGCCUGGACCUACACUAACGGCAUCGACAUGAACAUGGUCCUGAAGGGCUUCCCUGAGUGUCUGCAGGCAGACAUCUGUCUGCACCUGAACCAGACGUUGCUGCAGGACUGCAAGGCAUUCCGCGGGGCCACCAAGGGCUGCCUGCGAGCGUUGGCCAUGCGCUUCAAGACCACGCACGCGCCGCCCGGCGACACGCUUGUGCACUGCGGCGACGUGCUCACUGCCCUCUACUUCCUGUCGCGCGGAUCCAUCGAGAUCCUCAAGGACGACGUGGUGGUGGCCAUCUUGGGGAAAAACGACAUCUUUGGGGAGAUGAUCCACCUGUAUGCCAAGCCUGGCAAGGCCAAUGCGGACGUGCGGGCGCUCAGCUACUGUGACCUGCACACCAUCCAGCGCGAGGAGAUCCUGGAAGUGCUGGACAUGUACCCCGAGUUCGCCGACCACUUCCUGUCUAACCUGGAGUUGACCUUUAACCUAAGGGAUGAGAACACCAAAAGCACAUUCCCUCAGGCCAGCGACUCAGAUGGUGAUGAGGUCAAGUACCGGAGGAAGCUCUCCUACAGGAGGAAGACCUCCACAGGUGCGCAGAGCCUGCGAGAAUCCGGGAGUGAGCCGGAGCGAGGGAUAGAGAAGCGACAAGAGGAGGAGAGGAAAGACAGGAGAGACUCAGUGCCUGAGAGUGAAAGGAGAGAGGAAGAGGAGGACGAGGAAGAAGAGGAGGAGGAGGAGGAAGAGGGGGAGGGGGACGAGGAAGAAGAGCAGCGACCGUUGUGCUCGGGCGGAGCGGAGCGCGUUCUACCCCUCGGCGUUGAGGCCCCUGUCCCCGAGCUACUGGCCAAAGAAGGGCUGGACAGGAACCAGUCCUACAGAGAUGUGUGCCCUGAAGAAUGGCCUUCUGGGAAGGGCCAGGAGUUCCUGGAGGACUCAGCACAAGCCCACGACACCAGACCGGGGGACGACAGCGAGAGUGACAUUACCUACGGAGAAGUGGAACAUCGUCUGGACCUGCUGCAGGAACACCUGAACAGGCUGGAAUCUCAGAUGACUGCAGACAUCCAGGCCAUCCUUCAGCUGCUUCAGAGGCAGACUGCUCUGGGCCCCCCCGCCUACAGCACUGUCACGUCCAGCCCUGAGUACCAGCGGCCCGCCAUCAGAGUGCAGCCACUCACAGCAGUACAGCCAGACCACAGCACUGACACUGCACAGAGUGUGGACGAAGAGAACUGUAGCCACGCACCCAAAGAUCCCCUGCUCUGCUCCGUUUCCACGGAGAUACUCUCAGACAUGGCGGCCCUGGCUGGGGGUGCAGCAGAGCUCACAGGACUCAAUCAGGAGCAGGAGGCCGAGCUCCCCCAUUCGCCACUGCCCAGAGCCCAGCUGUCAAUCAGGCAGGCCUCACUGCCCGAUUCGUCAACAGCUAGCUGUAGUCCCUCCCCACUGGGCCUCCAGCGACCCUCCUCGGAUCCGGGUCUUCCAGGGAAGUAACGCCCACCCACACCCUCCCACCACAGGUCUGAAUUGCUCCUGUCUGCAAGCCAGACUGUCAAUCACACCCCCGACCCCCCCAACACACACACACACACACACACACACACACACACACACACACACCCCAGGCCUCCUUACUUUCCUUGACUCAGGGUUCAGAUGGAGACGGGACUGGCUGUAUGCAAGGAGUUUUCAUAAACCAUCACCGUCCACAUCUACAGCCUGUCUGUCCACCUGUACAAAGUAUACAUAGUAUAAAUACAUUUCUCUCUCUUUAAAUAUUUACAUAUAUAUAUACACAGGUCAUGUAUUUAUAUGCUUUAAAUAUCAUGUAUAAAAAGUUACUGUGUACAUAUUUUUUCGGGAUUAUGACACUGCCAGCAACAAGGGGCAAUGUUGAACAAUGCUUGUUCAACUGGAAAAAAUGCAUGUUUGGAAAGUGUUUUUUUUAUUAUUUAUUUAUUUAUUUUUAUUUUUUGUAGCAUGAAAAACUCACAUUGUACACACUGUCGCACACAAGUGACACGCUCAUCCGGUGUGUGUGUGAGGUGUAUGUGGAUGUGUGCGUGUGUGUGUUGUGAGCAUGUCUUAUCGCACUUGUGAUUGUUUCUGAUUUCUCAUCUCUUCUUAUGCAGGACAAAGCUACUUAAACUUGAAGUCUACAUAAGGCACAUCAGUCUUCUGAGACACACACACACACACACACACACGCAUGACACACGCACACUGAAAAGCCACAUCUUAGUCUCAAUAUGUCAGAGUUCACUUAUAAUAUGUAUUCAUAUAACUGGAAUUUUCCAUUGAAAACCUAAGGACUGGGCCAUAACUAGGAACAUUACACAGGAGGACUGGCAGACAGUCUGUAUAUUCUGUAAUGUUACUCAUCAGAACUCAUAUGAGAGCCAACACACACAUAAAACCAUGCAAUUAUAAAAGGUAUUCAGUGCCUGACUUAAUUGGUUGUAUUAACACAUACAAAGCAGUGUAUUUAAAGCCUUGUUGCGAUCAAUUAUCAUCAUUGCGAUCAGUAGCUGUAGCAAAAAUGAUGCAUGUUGGGCAAUAUCCAACAAAUACACAACCACAUGCACAGUCCUGCAUUCACUGCUUGUAUAAAAUUGACUAAUUUCAUGAACCCACUAAAUAACUUACUUAAACAUGGAUCUUGUGUUUUAUGCAACCAAGGUACAUUUGCCUAACUGGUAGGCAUGCACUCAGAAGAAGUGUUUCCAAAACUAAGAGAAGUGAAGGUUGUUGAUUCAUCAUACCACAUAGUCCAAAAGCAAUAAUAUCACCGGAAGAGUUGCCAUCCGCUGGUCAAACCACAAGAUGUGAGAGCACUUUCCCAACUCAACCGUCCGUUGGCCCUCCAAGCAGAGAGCUCACAGAUCACUCGGUGCAAAUAUGAAAAUAACAUGCACAACACAACAACAACCAUAUCAACAAGCACACCAGAAUAACAAAACCACACAUAUUUUAACAGUUAUCCUGAUUCUCAUCUAGAGUUCUCUCUUCCCAUUGGGAACACUUCCAUUUGCAUUGUCUAUGCACGUUGAGUCAUUUCAUGCAUACAAUAUUACAAAAGCAUUGUAAGGACACCAUUAGCACUCUCAGGGCCAGAUGUAUACAUUUGCGAACGUAGCAUUAUCAGCGUCAUAGACAAACCGCAUAUUGCGAACGCUGUCAAACCCAAGUUUCCGUCGUAUUUAUCAAUCGUUCAAUCCUUAGUGUAAACUGUGCUUUUC